AUGGAUGAGGACCCCAUAGUGCGUGAAAUACCCGUACAUCUUACUGACAAAGGAUGUCAUAAUCUUUUUAUGGUACAAUUCCCAUUACGUCCGACAUAUCGGCCAAUGCCUGAGCCACCACGUCGUGCACGUAUCAAACCAAUCAAUCAAAUGAUGCAGCUUGAGUUUGCCGUGGAUCAACGAUCGACACACUUUGAUCAGGACGCAGAAGAUUAUCUCAAGCAAAAACAUUUACGGAUGCAAUCAGCCAAUGUCCCAGCAUUAACGAAUUACGUUAUUGGUGUCUUUCGUCAAGGUCAAUUGCAUCUUACACCACUGUCUUCAGUAAUGCAGAUGCGUCCAAGUUUGUCGCAUAUUGAUGAUGCAGUAAAUGAAGAAGAGGAAGACAUGGAAGUAGAAGAAAAGAUGGAGCCGCCUUCGACGGAGACGAAGGAAGUACAGUUUCAGUUUAAAAAGAAACAGUCAGAACGUGCAAUUUCUGCUAUUCAAAACUCGUAUGCGUACAAGAAACAGCAGAUUGAUGCUGAGAACUGGAUGGAGCUUCAAGUGUACAACAAGAAUAGUGCCGAUGCUGAUGAUGAAUUUGAAAACUUGUUUAGUGAAAAAGAAGACGAGGUGGUCUCGACGAUGACGUCGGACGAAUAUAUCAAGGCGAUGCAAUACCGUUCAAUGGUCGCUGUUGAUAAGCCCAGAGCUCCUAAGAAUUUGGCACCGGAAGACGAGGAGCAGGAGGACGAAACAAUGGAGCCUGUUACUGGAAAGCUACUUGGUGGUGUUGAUGUAAAGUACGCGGAUGUUCUGCGACUGCUUGCAACUGACCAAAUCAUGCAUUUUGAUACGCUUGCGAAGCUCCUUCCAGCACAAAGUGAGGAAGAGCUAUUGGAAGCACUCAAGCAUGUGGCUAUGCAUGUGCGUGGGCGACUGCUUCCAACUAGCGCCUUGGUGUGCCGCGGUGCGACGACAGUGCACGCCCGCAAUGAUUUUAUCAAGGCACUGGCGAAGACACCUGCCGGUGUAUCGCGCAUGGAAUUGGCAGAAAAAUAUUCUGUGGACGCUGAUGUAGCCAAAAUCAUCUUGACCGAGUUUGCUAUUUUGGAGCCCAAAACACGCAAGUGGAGCUUCCGCAUCGAUCACGAUGACACUUUUACAAAGCGAUUCCCUGCCGUCGCAAAGACAAUCAAACUGUAG